AGUCAUAUAACUGUAACACCAGCUACAUGGAUGGCAGACUGUACCACCUGCCGUUUGGAGACUCCAGUGUCUCUCUGAACGACACCCUGCAGAGCGGCAAGAGCCAGCAGAGCUAUGUCCCCUUUGUCCUCAGGGAUGAUGGUGGCCUGAAUAAUAGCCAGGUACACAUCGCUCUGAACGAGCACGGCUCACUCUUCCAUGAAACUAAAGAGCAUUUAGAUGAUCACAACUCGGACUCGGACAGUGACCUGUCUCUGGAGGAUGACCAGAGUGGAUCGUACGCCUCCACACACUCCUCUGACAGCGAGGAGGAGGGGCCCUACCCACCAGAUGAAUGCUGGGAAAGCAUGGCAUCCAAUGUGUCCAAGAGACCACACCCUCAGGAUAACAACCUGAGUAAGCUGUACUGGCCAGGGGAGUAUGUGACAACAGCUAGCAACAGUGAGGGCCUGGGGGGAGCAGGAAGGCUAAAGGUAGAGUCUCUGGGCAACCCUGAACUGGGCCAGACACGGGACCACCGAGGCAUGCCAGACGACAGGCCAGGGGACAAGGCAGAGGGCUAUGGGAAGGACCACGUGAUGCUGCUGCCCAGUCUGCCCAGUCUGCCCAACCUCAACACACACCCACAGAAAGGAAUCCUGAAGAAGAAGCAGCUCUCCCCCAUUGCGGAGAGAAAUGGUAUCAACCGCAUCCAUAACGAGCUGUCGGAGAACGCUCUUGGCCACGCCUCCUCCCAGGGCUCCUCUUCCAGUGAGAGCCGAGGGGGCGGGGCCAAGCCCAGCUUACCAGAUCAGCUGAAUGGUGUUGCCAUGAGCAUCAAGGCGGGGACAGUGGACGGUGACUCAUCAGGGUCAGAAUUCCUAUUCUUUAAUUUUAUUCACUGAAGCACUUGAUCCUCAUUUGAAAUCAGGAUCAUUGUCUUCUUAUCGAUCGAUCAUUCAGUAUCCUUCACCCCUUAUAACCAAAAUAAUAAUCCCAUAUAAUUUGGUUAUCACCUCUCACACUGUGUGUACGUGAAUCAUUCUCAUUCAUUGUUUUCUGUUCCUUCUGUUUUCCCCGUGUUGUGUAACGUUUGUCCCCCAUCCAUCCACCCUCCAUUUUCCCAGCAGCCACCGCAACCCCUCCAUAUGAGCCGGCUGACGGAGGGGUGUGUCUUUGCAGGUCAUAGAGCCUCGGCCCUCAUCGCCAUGCUUACUUUUCUCUGAGUAACAGGAGCUGAUGUCUGAGACAGAGAGCGUUGGACUGUCCACACCUGGAGAUCAAUGGAGUACCCUCUCUCCUUCCCCAAUUUUUUUCUCUGCAUGUGUGUGAGUGCCAAAACCUCAGGAGUCUCUGCAAGGGCCCAGGCUCCAGCGCACUGAAUCUCUUUUUAAAUCAUUGUUUGUUUACAUACUUGAAGCGAUGCACUUUUUAAAAUAAUUUACACUACCCGGCCAGAUGUGCAGGUAGUCAACUGGAGCUGAUUCAGUUUUGUUUGUGUUUAUGUUUCAAACUCCGGAGAUUAAGAACAAUGAAGUCCUCCUUUGGCUGGGUCAUUUAGCUGUAAGAUUUUAAAAGUUCAGGGAAUUUCCUCAAGAAGCUUAACUAGUUUUUAAUCUCAGAAAGGGUGACCUGUACAGUUGUUUUGUUCAAGGAUUUAGUUGUUCUACCGAGGGCCAUUUGAGUUUUGCUGUAGAGAGAACUCAUUUCUCCACUCCAGUCUCAGGAAGCUGCCAGCCUGAGCUGGUGGACAGGAAGAGUCAGUACAAAAUGUCUUUAUACUGAACAGCUCCACCCAAACCACUACACUGUGCUCUGCACUGGAGGAAAGGACUCCUGUUGAAGUGUGGCUGGAGAACAGUGAGAGGCCAUGGGGUCACGCACCGUAAAGUUUCUCUCACUACUGAAGGAUGUUUAAAGGCAACAGCGACUAGUCAGCUGUCAUACACAUAGACACUAGAGGUGAGAAUGUCUGCCUUUCUCCACCAUUUCGCCUUCAUUUUAUUGCAUUAUCAUUGGAGGAAAAGAGCCUGCGUGUGAAGAAAUUUUGAUAUCUUUACUUUUGUAAAUUGUUGGGAGCAAAUUUUUGUAUAAACUCUGAGAAUGUUCCCAUUUUCAAUGUUUUUGUCCAAGGGAUAUAUGCUUUCAUUUGAAUCGGCGACUAAACGACUUUGUAUUUUAUAGAUUAGAUCGUUCCAUUGUUUUUGUGAAAUAUUUGCAAACUUCUGCUGUAAAACUCUUUGACAUGUAUGCCAAUGUGAAGAGUUCUGUAAAAUGAAACACUAAUACUUCAUCUUCAAUUGAAUAAACUGUACACCUCUACAUUCCCACUUAUAAAAAGCAGUUCAAGAAAUAUAA